AUGUCUGCACAAACUGCCGGCGAGGAAUUGUUUCCUGCUCUGGAAUCUCUGUCAAGAAUAAUUGCACCUCAUUUCAAGACUAUCAUCUUCAUCGCCCUUGUAUUUAACCAGACACCGAUCUUCCCCGAUGUACAAAGCCUGAUUAUAUCCCAAUUGUCCAACCCACUUGUCCUCAUUGUUACACUAUACUUUGGUGCUAUCUGGUCAUUGCCAAAUGGCCAAGAGAAUAGGGAGAGCACAUGGUCUUCGCUACUGAGACCAUUUUAUGCUUUGAAGACUGUCUCUACUAGUGUUGGUACUUAUCUGAAAGUUGGCUCGUUACUUGCCCUGGCUUAUCAUCUGUCCGUAUAUUACAACGUCUCCCUCCCUCUCGAGCCAUCGGCACAAUAUCUGUUCAUCGCUAUUUCUAUUGUCACAUCCAUCUUUGCGUACCUAUUUGCCCCAAUCAGUAAGAUCUAUGGGCCUCUUCGUUUCUGCUACCUUGAACAUGCUCAAACAUACUGGCUCCUCCUCAACUGGUGGUCCCUUACAGCUGUUCUACCCUUCUUUUCGCCGUCAUUGCUUCCCAUUGUUAUUUUCGGCCUAAUUAGCGUGACUGUCGGCACAUGGGUACACAUGUACUCCUCCUAUAGAGAAAACGUCCGCACCAUCACAUGGACGGUCUCUGAGAACGCCGCUAGAGCUAAGGCAGCUUCUGAGGAAGCCCGCGACUAUGGUAUCAUGGCACGGAAGUACGAAGAACAGAUGAUCAAUGCUGCCACUGAAGCAAGACGUGAUGCGGUACAUGCUAACUCUGUUAAAAUCUCCGACUUUUAUGAUUGCGCUGCUCGAGCUUGGGCUGCGCUUGGAGAAGCUACUGCCCCGGCUGAGGACGCCAUCAUUAAAGCGCGAAGGGUUAUUGAUGCAGCUGUCGCUUGCGAAGACGCUGAGAAACCAGAUGACAAGAAGAAGGCCGAAAAUGAACGACUUACUACUUACCUACGACAAUCUGCCGAGAAUGCCCAUGAUAGAGCGAGAGAGAUGGUAGGCUUUCUCCGAGCGGCACAAGCUUCAGUUCGAGGAUCAGAAAAUGCCGCGCGACAAGAUGCAGCAGCGCGACAUAGCGCCGAGUACACCGCCGAGAUGGCCUCCAAUAUAUCAAAGUCCCUUAGUGAUACCGUCGCUGGGAUCCAGGAUGCUGAACGCCGAGCCUCUUGGGCUGGUAGUGCCGCUUCCCGAAGAGCUGAAGAAGCGGUCUCUAUGGCUACCAAUGGAGAGAUUGAAGAGGCAAAGAAGGCUGUUGCUGCUUCCGAAGCUGCUUACCAAGUGGCUGAGGAGUCGGCCAAGGUGGUUCGCGAGGGGUUGGAUGUUGCGCAGAGAGUUUUGCAGGAGUGGCUUCAGAGUAGCAGGAAGGGUCUAUAG